GAUGGCAGUCGUGCAUUUCAAUGUUCUUCAGGCUACCGUACCUCCAAUCUUCAAACACUCUAACCUACCUAGUCCCUAGUAAGCACUUGCAGCCCUGGAGCACUUUACUUUUAGCACCCCUAGCAGCAACAUUGAACCGUGGGCCUUCAGAAGUUCAGCGACCUUCGGUGUCUCCACAGUGCCACCAACCAACCGACCUCAUUUCGUUCCAUUCAUCCAACAAGGAGUCCGAGUCGCGCAUCUACACUUCGACAUCAUUCUAAAUCAUCCACCUAAUUAUUUCUCUUAACGACCCUCGAGACGAACGCAGCAAUAAUUAAUAACGAUUUAUUUCGAUAGAAAAAAAGAAGAAGAAAAAUAUAAAAAAGGGAAGAAGCCGCUCGGCAACGAACGUCGCUACGAAGGAGGAAAAAAACCAUUGGACCUACACCAAUCGAGCGAUCGAUCGCAUGUAGUCACUAACUUACCAUGUCCGUCGAAGCGACUGCCGCAAUGGCGUCUGCACCCGAGACUCAGAUGGUUGGAGUCGAGGUCGCAAAUGAUGCGUCAAAGCAAGACGCUCACGAUGCACACGAUAAAUCCAAUGCAUCUAACACCACAGUCAAUGCUAAAUCCACCGGACUUCAUUCGCCGCCCGAUAGCAACAGCGCAAUGAAGUUGGAUAGUAGCGAUGAAUCUGAGCUGAGUGACUUGGACGAUCCUUCUAUCAUCGAUAUCAACAUGAGUUCACCACGUCCUACUUCCUCAGGUACUACAACGCAAGACAAUUUUCAACCGGAGGAAGAAGAAGACAUCGGCGAGGUACUUCCCGACCAUUGGUCCGGUACCGUUCCCGUCUUCAAGCCGAACAUGAAUCAAUUCAAAGAUUUUAAGAAAUUCAUGACUAAAAUUGACUGUUACGGCAUGAAGUCUGGCAUUGUCAAAAUCAUACCCCCGCAAGAAUGGAAAGAUAAUCAUCCCCCACUUGAUGAUAUGAUCAAGCAGAUUAGAGUCAAGGAACCUAUCAAGCAGGACAUCAUGGGUUCUAAUGGAACUUAUCGACAAGUCAACAUACUACAUCAACGUUCCUAUAAUAUCCCACAGUGGCGCAAGCUCUGCGAUCAGAGCGAGCACCAGCCUCCUGCUAGACGGGGUGAACGUCGAGCGCAAGCUCCUCCCAAGCCAAAACCGGUUCCAGCAUCAAAUUCCAAUUCUAGAAGACGUCGAUCAACUAGAGGCAAGGGCAAGCGUGCUGUGCUUAGAGACAACGCCGCCGAUCCGGAAGAUCGUCCCAUAACACCUGUUUCACCUAAACCGAACGAGGAUCUCAUCGAAUCUGUGGAGCAGGAUCCAGGCACGGACGUAGACGACGAUGACGACCCUCCCGUUGUUGGUCGGAUGGGUGGCUCUAGGCAGGCAAAGCCCAAGACUCAGUCUACGUCUGCUCGAAGAAAGUACGCAAGGCGAGAGGCGUCAGCUAGGAUCGACGAGGAAGCCUUCAAGAACUUUGACUAUCAUAUGGACAUCUCCGAUUACACCCCCGAAAGGUGCGAGGAGCUUGAGCGUAUAUAUUGGAAGACUUUGACGUACGCACCGCCGUUAUAUGGCGCGGAUCUUCCCGGGACGCUUUUCGACGAGGAUUGUAACUCGUGGAAUCUCAACAAACUUCCCAACCUCCUUGAUGUCCUGGGCACGAAGGUACCAGGUGUCAAUACGGCCUAUCUCUAUCUUGGCAUGUGGAAGGCAACCUUUGCAUGGCAUCUUGAGGAUGUUGAUCUGUAUAGCAUCAAUUAUCUUCACUUUGGCGCUCCAAAGCAAUGGUACAGUAUCUCUCAAGGUGAUGCGCGUCGAUUUGAAGCGGCCAUGAAGAGUAUCUGGCCCACAGAAGCCAAAGCUUGCGACCAAUUUCUGCGGCAUAAGGCUUUCCUUAUUUCGCCGAACCAUUUACUGCAGUAUUACAACAUCAAGGUUAACAAGUGCGUCUCCUACCCAGGUGAAUUUGUCGUCACAUACCCCUAUGGCUACCAUUCAGGAUACAACCUGGGCUACAACUGCGCUGAGGCUGUCAACUUUGCACUGGAUUCCUGGCUGCCAAUGGGGAAAAUCGCCAAGAGAUGCGAAUGUGCCCAAGCUCAAGACAGUGUUUGGGUUGAUGUAUACGAGAUUGAGCGCAAACUAAGAGGAGAAGAAACAGAGUACGAAGAAACAGAAGAUGAAGAGGAGGAGGAGGAGGAAGAAGAAGAAGAUGCCGACACUGGAGUGCCAACGCCAAUAUUGUCGCACGUGAGAGUCAAGCAGCCCGGGCGAAAGCGCAAACGUGCAGCAACUGACAAAGGGGAGAAGAAAGGCAAAAAGAUACGACUCCGUGUUAAGAACAACAUUGAACCCCCUUGUUGUCUAUGCCCCCACGAUAUACCUGGACAGGAAGUGCUACCGACUAGUGAUGGCCGCAAGGCUCAUCGUAUAUGCGCGCUUUACAGCCCGGAAACCUGGGUCGAGACUGUCGAAGGAGAAGAAGUCGUCGCGAAUGUGGACGGCCUCAGUAAAUCACGCAUGGAACUCAAGUGCUUGUAUUGCCGUUCUAAAAGAGGCGCUUGCAUCCAGUGCUCUCAAAAGAAGUGUGCUCGCCCUUACCAUGCUACUUGUGCUGCCGCAGCCGGUGUGUUGGUAGAAGAGGCAGAUGUCCCUAUUUUCGGCGAAGAUGGCACUGAAUAUAAGGAACAAGCUUUCGAGUUUAGUUGUCGCUUCCACCGAACUAAAAGGGACAGGAAGCUGGACGGUGAGGCUUUGGACGAGUGCCAGAAAACUCGACAAGCAGCAGCGGCCCUUAAGAAAGGGGACAUAUGCCAACUUCAGUAUUACCGUGGGGAUAUAUUCGCCGGCGUUGUUGUCGAAAAUCGGCCUGACGAGCGAGCUUUCCUUCUCGACAUUAUUCCGCACGGGGAACGAGUUGAAGUGGAAUGGAAAUGGCUUCUUCUCCCAGACCCAGCCGAUUUCCACCUACAGAGAGCAUCGGCAAACGCUAUCCCUAUGCCGACAUCACGCAAGGCUAAGGAUCAGAUUAAUGCUACUAAGAGGGUCACGGAGGAGCUUCCACGCGCGGAAGCGCCGUUUGUCGACGGAUUCACUUGGGCUGAGUUUAAUACAUACGAUUGCACCAACCAGGCACAGGCCAAGGUGGAUUUGAGCAAGGACAAUCAGCUCUGGCACUACAUUGGUCGAACGUCAACGGAAGCCCGCGCUCAGUACACGGAAGACCCUAGAAGGAUGAAGCAUAAUCCUAAAAGCAACUUUCUGGACACGCUUCCACGGCCGCCGCCACCCGUCCCCCAACCUCGAAGAUCGUACGGACCCGGCCCUGCGCUCCUGGCACAUACUCAAAGCUUGUCAGGAAUCAAACCGGAGAAGCCUUAUCAGUAUAGGCCGAGAGAUCCGAUUACACCUUAUGCUCGCUCACCCUUCGCAGAUCCACGGUUUGCCCCGAACUCGUCAACCUUUACCACACCACCAUAUGUACCUAAUCAUUCACUCUAUCCUCACGAAGUGGUGCAGCCCACCGCACCAAAGCCCAAUCUGGUUUUUGCGCAUAUGCAACUUCCUCCACCACCUAAGCAGGCUCCCACGCCUAAACCAGCACCAGCUGUUGAAGCAGGACCGCAGCAAAAUGGACAGUAUGUUACACAGAAGCCUGUGCAGAAGCUAGAAUCGCCACAGCAAGCUGGCUACUAUUUCCAGCCCCCUGUGGGAAAGCCGGUUUCUGCAGGCCCACUGGACAACCAACGCCAUUCGCAACAAACAGCACCAAGUUCAACGACUGCUGCCUCUCUACCACAUCCUCACCAGUAUUCACACCAAGCCAUAUCCAACUCUGCCCCUAUACCCCAGCCACAUGACCAGCUUUCGUCGCAGCAGACUGUACCAACACCAACUGUGACAUCCCAGCAAAGCAGCCAGUAUUCUUCACCGCAGGCUCUGUCGAAACCACUGACUAAAUCUCGACCAACUCCUCCGCAGAAUGGACAUAGACGAAGUCGCUCGUCGCUUGGUGGCCAGAAUAGUCAAUCGUUGGUGUUUGGCUCAGAUAACCGCUUUAGAACGCCGCCUUUUUCGUACGGAACUAGUCGCAUGGAUUCCACUGCCAAGUCGCCGUUUAGUCAUGGGUUCAUGCAACCCCCGGGCCUUGGGCCCUCUCCAUCACCACAGAAUGGUCAACUUUUUCAAGCACAAGCUAGAGCUAGAUCAUGCUCACUGGCAUCUAAUCGCUCAUUUGAUAUGCCAAUGACUUCCUCGGCCAUCCGACCAUCCUCAGCAACCCGACCUUCUUCAUCUGCUUCCGCUCAAGGGACCGUUGGGGAAGCACAGUCCCCACAACAACAAAUUGUUAUUAAACCACGGCCAAACAUUGUCCAGAAAUAUGCUUUCUUCCAAGUUCAUCACAACAGGGACUCUACAAAGUAUAGGACUCCUUACGCCCAUUGGGGUGGUUUUACUAAUGGAUACGAGGGAAAUCUCAGAGCUCAUCUGAUGAGGUCGCCUGAAGUAUUGUUUGACAUUAGAAGACGAUCAACAAGCUUCAGUAUGACCCCCUCCAGUCUUUCUCCUACUGCUGGGAUUCCAUUUAGCAAGGGCACCCCAACCAAAGAUAAUAAUCCCAAUUUGGCAUCGCGCCUCAGUAGUUACGGUUCGGCUCGACAGCAGCCAAAUGCCCUUUCUCCUAGCAUAUUAGCUACGCAGAAAUCUACAGCAUCGAUGCCGCCUCGCGGGCCAGACGGUAAUCUAGGAUAUCCCCAAGGAUCAUCAAAGCCCAUGAAUACUUGGCAGGUAAACCCGGGAGCCGUGGCGCAGUUACACCCAGCAAUCCGAGCUCAAUAUGCGGCGAUGCUACAAACCGGCAAUGCUGAAGCUCACAGCCAAAAGAAUAUCACCCAUGUUCCAGGUAUGCCGAACUCACAGUCAGUGGCGGCUGCAUCAACAUAUUCUCAGGCUACACCAAACUCAACAUUUCGUCAUACUUCAAUCUCGAACGUUAACUUGACUCUUGCAACUACCGACUCGACCUCAGAAAACCAAAAGCCUCUUGCAUCGACCGCACCGAACACGUUUUUCAAAGGACUAAGUGUGCUAAAGCAGACGUAUGUGCCCCCUCCUCGGCCUUGGGAAACACUACGAAAGGCCCAGGCCUCAGCGGAGCCAUCUCCGGCCCCAAACACAACUUCGGCAGAGGCGGUUGCAUCCACACUAGCUACACUAGGAAGUAUGACGAGUACAUCGGUUGCGCCCAGCAGUGAUAUAUGUCAACAGCAAGAUCAUAUGAUGAGCCCAGAGCUCGAAUCCAGCAAUGGUCAGCUAGGCCAGCCUCGAUCCGUUUCGCUCGCCCAUGUAAAACAAGGCACCACGCAAUCACAAGGUGUCGCAGAACAAUCCCCGGCUUAUGCAACACAGCAACCAGCAGUAGAGCUCUCAGCAGCAACAAUCGUGACGAAUCCAUCAAUAUCAGUGUCCCCUCUUUCUCAGCCUGAGAUUAUAAACGAUCUUCCAGAAGUUCCGGACGAAUCAAUGAAAUUAAUCGAGAGCAUCAUCUGGAAUGCUAGAAGAGUCAGUGACACAUAUUCAGACGAUACGACUCGAAAUACCUAGGUUUCCAUUUCAAAGUGAGACAACAGAUGAAAUGAACAAGUACCUAGGGUAGGGAUGAAGAACGAGCAUUACGCAAUCUCAAUCAUGGUUUACUUUGGAACGAGGAGCAUAUCUUGCGGAGUUUGGCGUUGACUUGAUCAAAGAGGGAGUGUGGUCCCUCGAAAAGUUAGUCGCAUCAGAGUUGCAUCGGUCUGCAUGUAAAGACGUUCCCCUAAUUAGAUGUCAUGCCUGCGCAAGCUUGUUUCUUCUUCUAACCCACGAUAUAGGGGUUCAGGGAUAGGAGCGUCAUUAUUUUUAUUAUUCUCGAUUCGUGAAUGGUGGCAGGCGGAUAGGGUAUAAGGAGUCGAAUGGAUGCAUUGAUGUAUACUACGGUAAAGGGGAAGGGGAAGGGGUUAGGCUACGACCAUAUCUCGAGACCCCUUUAGGUUGCUUAUCUGUUUCUAAAAUCAUUCGACUGUAAUGGUUUUUGGGCAGAUUCUGUGGUGUAUUCGUACUAGGUAAUAAUGUACUCAAGUAGGUACUACUUAGGUACUGAUGAAUUGUAAUACCUAGAAUACUUAG